AUGCAACCUUUUGGCUUUCCUGGUGGUAACCCAAUGGUAGGGCAAAUGGUUGGAAUGUCAAACGAUAAAAGAUUUUUAAAUCCUGGUGUUGCAGCAGGAAUGAUAAAUCCAAAUUCUGCAGCAGCAGCCGCUCUCUUACAACAACAACAGCAACAACAAAAAAAGCCUAAAAUUGAUUACAUUCAACUCCCUGAAAAGGUGAAGGAAAAUAUCAGUGAGAGUCAAAUCUAUAGUAUUCUUUUAAAUUAUGAACAUCGAUUGGAUACCUUGUUAUCAGAGAAGAAACAACACAUGAGACAAUUAUUGUUAAACAAUGAAACAACAAGGGAAACACUCAGAAUUUACGUCUCACAUCAAAGAAAACCAAUUUCAAAAACUGAAGAAGAGUGGAGAGUUGGAAUUCAAGGAGGUAUUGUCAGAACGUCAACAAAUCUUGCAGCUGCUGAACAAUACAAAUUUACAAACUUUUUAAAAUCAAUGAGCAUUGAAUUAGAUAGAAAUAUAUUCACAGGUGGAGAAGAUUUUAUUGAAUGGAACGCUAUUGCAUCACAACCUUUAAAGGAUGGUUUUACAUUUUCCAGAAAAGUUAAUUUACAAAACUUACAAAACCUACCAGGUACAUAUCAACUAAGAGUAGUUUUUCACAUCAAACAAGAUCCUCCUCUCUAUAACGUUACUCCAACCCUAAAUCAAGUUAUUUCCAAUACUAGCGAAUACUACCGAUGUUUGGAUAGAACAUCACAAUCCAAUGAACCUCCAACCUUUACUUUGAAUCAAAUCCUAAAUAUGAUAUGGGAAUAUAUCACUAAGAAUCAACUCUAUGACAUGAAUGAUCAAUCAGCAAUCAAAUUGGAUCCUCUUCUCAGACAACUUUUAGAAGAUAACACUUUAACUUGUUCAACAUAUGCAGAGAUUUUGAAAAAGAUUAAACCACACUUGUUGAUACCACUUUCGAGUAGUGUGGUAGAGAUAAUUCAUCCAAUCCAAUUCCACGUUACUGAUCUAACAAAUACUUCUACAACUUCUGGCUCCUCUAAGAGAGAUGUUCCUGUCCAAGUAGUAACUCCACAACAAGCCAAGCUCAAUUCGACUAUUGAAAAGAUUUUGAGCGAAGAACCAAGCGAAGAUGUCGAAACUAUCAAUAAGAAUAUUCAAUCCGUCAUUCAGGAAAUUAAACAACACUCGGAAAAGAUGAAGUUUAUGAAGAAAUUUUCGGAUGAUCCUGUAAAUACUAUACACUCUUUAAUAGAUUCUCAAACUCGAGAUUUAUUGAUUUUACAUAAGAAACAAUCGAUUGAAGAGGCCAGAAAGUCAUCCUUUUACAAACCAUGUGAUUGGAUUAAUACUGCUUUACAAAAAUAUUUGACAAAUAAUGAUUCAAAAUAUAGACAAAAUUGAUUCCGACUUGUUAAAUGAUGUGCUAUUGUUGUAAUUUAUAAAUAUCAUUUUGUAAUUGU